AGAUACGCACCAUCAUGGUGGAUAACAUUGAGAAGAUAUUGGAGAGAGGUGAUCGGAUUGAGCUUCUUGUUGACAAAACUGCAACAAUGCAAGAUAGUACAUUUCACUUUAAGAAACAGUCUAAGCGCCUUCGCCGAGCCCUUUGGAUGAAAAAUGCAAAGCUCUUGGCCAUGUUGACGUGCUUGAUUGUUCUGUUGCUGUACAUAAUAAUAGCAACUGCUUGUGGAGGCAUCACAUUACCUUCCUGCCGAUCAUGAGAUUUCUGCCAAUGUGACAAAUGAGACACCAAUGGUUUAUCUUGCUUUAUAUCUUUACUGCUUUGUGGUUCAGAAUUUCCAGAUUUUUGAGGUGUCUGCAGAAAAAUAUUUAUUCCUUCGUUGAAGGUUCCAAAAAUAACCUAGUUGAUUAUUGUUGUUGUGGUUAUAGUGCAAGUAUUUAUUGUGGACAGUGUGAUAAGUAUGAGUAUUUAUCUUCUUCUUGUAUUUUUGUAAAUGCUGGGAUUUUAUGUAGAUUGUAUUUGGCAUUCAAGCUUACACUGUUUGGAUGAAAUGAUUUGAUGUGAAAAGAAAAGAAAAUUG